UCUUUUCAGGUGCCAGUUGUGUGGUGCCCAUCAAUGAUAUUAGAGGAGUAGAAAGUAUGGGUUAUGCUAAAGGUGAAAAGAUUCUCCGUUGCAAGCUUGCGGCUGUCUAUAGAUUGAUGGAUUUAUAUGGUUGGUCACAAGGAGUGUAUAAUCAUAUAACUGCCCGUCUGAACCAAGAUCAGGAGCAUUUCCUUGUGAAUCCUUUUGGAAUGCUCUACCAUGAAAUCACUGCAUCGAGUCUUGUAAAGAUCGAUAUGCAAGGAAACAUCGUGGAAGCUGGCACUACUAACUUUGGAGUAAAUGUAACUGGCUUUCUUCUGCAUGCAGCUAUCCAUGCUGCACGACCUGACAUAAAGUGUAUUAUCCAUGUUCAUACUCCAUCAGUCCUUGCUGUAUCCUCUUUGAAGUGUGGACUCCUGCCACUUUGCCAAGAAGCUGUUGUAGUAGGAGAAAUAAGUCAGCAUCCUUACUUGGGAGGCCUUGCAGAACCUGAAGAACGAGAGAAAAUUGCACGAAAUCUUGGUCCUCUGAAUAAGGUUAUGUUCCUGACCAACCAUGGAGUUGUCUGCUGUGGAGAGACGGUGGAGGAAGCUUUCUUCAACGUGUAUAACACUGUUCUUGCUUGUGAGACACAGAUCAAGCUAAUGCCAAUGGGUGUAGACAACUUGGUCCUGGUAUCAGAUGAAGCUCGCAAACAGAUCUAUGAAGCUGCUCGUCGCCCACCUGACAGUGCAACAAAGCAACCUGACCCUGCAGAUCUUCCUCCAUCUGGAAUAAAGAAGGAGAAGCAGUGGCGUGUUGGUGGUGUUGAAUUUGAAGCAUUAAUGCGAAUGUUGGAUAAUGCUGGUUUUAGGACUGGUUACAUUUAUAGACAUCCUCUUGUCAAAGGAGAACCACCUCGCCCAAGAAAUGAUGUGGAAGUUCCUCCAGCUGUGUCAUCAUUGGGUUACUUGUUAGAGGAAGAGGAAAUGUACAAACAAGGACACUGGAAGAAAUAUGCUGAUGGUAGGAAGACUCAUGAUCGCACAAGAUGGUUGAAUUCACCAAAUGUUUAUCAGAAAGUGGAGAUUCUGGAAACUGGGACUCCUGAUCCCAAGAAAAUCACUAAGUGGGUGGAUGCGAAUGCCGAGGAGUGGGUGGCGGAAGGCUCUCCUACGCACAGUAGUACUCCUGUGAGGAUUGAAAGUGCUCUGCAGUUUGUGCCGAAGAACACUGAUCCAAGAGAAUUUAAGAAAUUGCAACAACAGAUUAAAGAUAAUAGACGAUCAGAUAAGAUCACAUCAGGCCCUCAGUCACACAUACUUGAAGGUGUAAGCUGGGAGGAAGCCAAGAAAUUACAGGAUGCUAACAUCUCAGCUACAGGAGAUCAGGUUAUCCUCGUAGGUGCUGCUUCGAAGGGUAUUAUUCAGCGAGGGUUCCAGCAUAAUGCUCUUGUUUACAAGACUCCUUAUGCCAAGAAUCCUUUUGAUACUAUAACUGAUGAAGAGUUGGAAGAAUAUAAGAAAGUUGUUGAGCGUAAACAACGGGUUGACGAGGAGCAAUCUGAAUCAGAGCCUCUGUCCUCCUCUCUGCAUAACAGCAGGCCUACAAAUGAAGAGAGUGCAAGUGCAGCCAAGUCACCCCUGCUGUCUCCAACAUCUGCUGCUAGUGAAACCGAGGAAGAAAGCAGAGAUGAACCACGAGUGCUGCGGAUAGAAACUAAGCAAGUUCCUCGUCCAAGCCAAGCAGAGGUUGUGCUGAGUGAUGCUGAAGGAGAGUUACCAGACCCUGGGGUGGAGCGCACAAUGUCUCUGCGUUAUCCUUCAAAAGCCCCUGACUCCCCUGCAGACUCGGACCAAUUCAAGCGCACGUGGUCUCUGCCGCCAGAUCAGUUGAAGAAGAAAGAUAACAAUGAAAAAUAUGUUGAAGAUAAGUGUGAUCAGCUGCAGCAAGACCUGAAAAUAAAUGCAUGUAACCAUCACCUUCCUUGCUGUUCCUAUAAUAACUUAACACUCCCGCACAAAUGUGCGAGAACACGAUGAAUGGCGAUGAUCUUGACGCACCUCACAGCACAUUUUCACAGAGCAGCAAAGAAGGAUCUCCAACAAAGGAUGUAUCGACUGAAGAAUCACCCAAGAAGGACAAGAAGAAGAAGAAAGGCUUGAGGACACCAUCUUUCCUCAAGAAAAAGAAGGAGAAGAAGAAGCUGGCAGAAGCAUAGGCUUCUGGAAGCCAGACACUGCCAGAAAAUGUUCACCACACCAGCCACCUCCAACUGUCUGAAGAAAAAAUACUGCCACUGAACACAUAGCAUUUAGUUGCGACGAUCAACAUCCGUUCCAUUUGGUAUAAUGUGUGAUAGUCGCGUGUGGUUGCCACCUGCCAAGUGGUCUGUAGUCUGAUAUGUUCUGGAGAAAAGUGAUUGCUAAGCCUGGACUCCCCCGACUGGAUUUCCUUGCAGUUUAGCUGCUAGCAAUGCAUGCGGGUCCGAGUCUUACAUUGUUUUAUUUCUGAAUGAAUAUUCUAGCAUUGUACAGUUAUCAAGAAGAAAUCUAUAUGUAUAUGGAGGUGUCUUAACAGGCAGCGUGAUGAUUUGGACAUGACAGUUUAAAGCUACAUGUAAAGAUGCCUAUGAUGCUUUUUAUUGUUUUUUGACAGCAAACAUGGAGGCAGUAGCAUUUCAUGAGUUUGUUUGUGCUUCUCUGGUUCUGAUUGUAGCACCAGAGGCUUCAUUUUCAAUGAGGCCUUGAGGAGAACCUAAGAGACCGAGAACAAGUGGGUGAUCUCUGGAAUCCAAUGGUGCACAAAAACUGUUGCAGUAUAUUGUAAAAAAUCUUUCAAUUUUAGCUUAAGACCUGUAGUAAAAAGUGCAUUGCAGGCUGUUGUAUUGGUGCAGGUUCAUUAGCAGAGAUAAGUGUUGAAUGGUGCAAUAGCACUCGCUGCUUUGGAACCUUUCAUAAUACAUGCUUGCAGUGCUGCAGGGCUUCUUUUUGUUGCUGUGUACACGAUUGAUGUUUGCAAUAUCUUUUAUGGAAUGACAUUUUUAGGUAGUAGUGUUAAGUACCACAAUGAAUAUUUACAAGCAGUUGAGAAGAUGUGGAGCUUUGCUUUUCCAGAGUACUGAGUGCAUCAACAUUUUUGUGACUAGAGUGAGAGUGUAUGUGAUAUGAACAUGGCAACAUGAAGAUCCAAACCAAGGAUGAUGUGAUGAACUAAGGCAAUUGGCACUUCGGAACCAAUCUUACAUUUGUGCUUUGGUGGACGAUUCUUUUGUAGUUAAGUUUUGUCAGUGAUUGCAAUGUUAUGAACUGUUGUUUUUGUUGAAGAAUUAAUUGGAAUUUUACUAUCUUGUACAGAUUACAUGACUCAUUCAUGUUUCUAAGUUUCCUAUUUUAUAUAAUUAAUCACAAGGUUCAUAUAAUAUUUUUUGAACAUAUUUUGUUUUUGACACAAGUGGUGCAAGGUAUUGACAGUCAGCUUGUAUAUUUUUUUUAUCAAAGGAGUUCGACAGUCACAUCUACACGCACUACAAUAUCUCCCUCUGUGUCUUCUGUUUUAGCGUUAUGUGUCUGUAUUGGUGCUUGUGUUUGUUCAUUUGCUUGCUUCUGGAGCCAUUUGUUUGUACAAAACUAGUGGGGGGCGGGAACACUACUAAGAGCGUCAUGCUCUAGCCAGGAAUCACUAGCUUGCUCGCACACAUCUUCAUUACAAGCUCUUCAUCCAUAAAGAAAUCGUGGUAUGGCAGCUUUGAAAUCUUUAACACUUUUAAAUCCAGUCUUAUCCAUUCUUAUAAACAAAUAGUUACAUCUCAAGUUGUCUGUGUUCUUGUCUCCAGCUAGCAGCAGGGUGCAGUGGGCAAGCUUCUGGAAGUGCACUAAGCUAUGACUUGUAAAGGGAGAUUCUUAUUUUUGAAAUAUGAAAUCAAGCUGAAACAUUUUUGUAUUCUUUUAAUUAUUGCGAACUGUUAAACAGUCUUUUGCUGCAUGCUGUUAGUUUAAAAUUUGGAGUAAAUAUUCCAAAAUAAUGCUUAUAAAAGUAUAUAUAUUCUCUUCUCUGUAAGGAUUGAUAUAUUGUAAUUUCAACUGUACUAAUUAAUUGUAUUUUGGGAUGAAUACUUUCCUGUCUGAUCUAACAGCAUGCAGUUCUGUACACCCUGCAAAAGCCUGCAAACAGAAAGUCUUGUUCACAUUUAAAUAAUUGUAAAAAUGAAUACAAUAUUAACAAGAUGAAAUGCUACAGAAAAAUAAAACAACCUAAGGUUGCAAUAUCAUUUCUUUCUCCAGCAUUUUAUCCUUCCUAUCUGAGAAGUGGCAUAUAAAUUAUCCUAUAAUCAUGUUAGGAAAAAGUGGGAGGUUUAAAACUGGAACUUUUGGCAAGAGAUAAGAUUCUCAAAGAAGGGUGUGGGUUGUUUUUUAUUUAUUUACUUUUUGAAUCAUUGAACUAUUGGCUGAUGCUGAGCUCUGAGUUAAGAUUAUGAAGUUUUCAUUAGUAAUUUUAUUAAUUACCAUUUCUGCAGUGAACAGUAAUCAAUGUAAAAGUACAUAAAUGAACUAAAAAAUUGUAAUAAUGUAAGGUCAGGACUUGCUUAAUUAAAAACUAGCUGCAGCUUGCCACACUUUAGGAACAUCAUUCCAAUAUAAACUCCAAUAAAUCAAAUUAAAGAUUAUACCAUUAAGUUUUCAAAGCACAAGAUAAAUAGAAACAAAUACUUUGCCUAAACUAGUAUUUACUUAGAUUUUGUCUUCAUGGAAUGAAAAACUGAUUGAAUUUUUGUGGAAUUUGAGGAAUGUUUUCUACAAUCAAAAUGAUGAAUUGCAUGGUGUUUUCAAAACUGACAUUUGACAAAUCAUUGUUAGCAUACCAACUUUCUAUGCAAGUAAUUGUUACAGCUGAAAAAUAUGCUCAUUAUGUACACAUUGAUUAGUGGUAAGACACUAACUAGUGGUCUAACUAGGGAAGUAACAGAUCCUCCAUGUCAAAACACCCCUUGAAAUUUUUAUGACACACGCACUGCACUAUCAGAAUCCCCAUAUCCAAAAUAUUUGCUGCCAGUUUACACUGCAAGGCCUGCAGAUUAAAGCAUUAAAAAAACACACAAAAUAACUAGGAAAAUGAGUGGAGCAUUCUGAGGAAUCAACCCUCAAUGUACGUGAAGGAAGUGUUUGUGAAUCAAGUGAUAGUGACAGUGAUAAAGACUGAGACAAGCAUACUUCUACCUCGAGUGAUGAUACGGGCAAGUGUUUAUUAGAAUCGUACAGCGAAUCCCUGGAAACUAGUGAUUCUAAAUGUUAGUCGCUCUGCAAAUCCUUCGAUUCACUUUAUCCAAGUUCUGUGAAAAAAAACAAGUUCUGUGAACCAAAAGGAUUUUUCGGACCUGUAGUCUUCAAAAGAAUGUUUCAAGCCGAAAACCCAAUUAUUACUGCUACAAAAUCAAGAAUUAUGGGAAUAUGCAAAUAAAUUGUCUCACAAGAGCAUAAACGUCAAAGUUUCCGAUAUGGAUUCAAUUGCAAUCCUUAAUUCGUUUUAUAUUUUUAUCUCCGUUUCCGGAAUACGAUAAAGCAUUCUUGAUUUGCUUCAAAGUACACAACAGCGGCCUCCUGAAUUUGUAAUGCCCGUCAAAUAUUGCCUUAAAACUACGACAAACUAAUGUGAAGAAGAAUGUGACAAUGAAGUUUGUAUUCGUUGUGCGUGGUGUCAAAAACAAUCAUGUUUCAAUCAUCCAGUGAAAACCGGUCGUGUCUGCUUUUUAUUCAUGCCGUAUUAACUUGCGACGAGACAGCUCCUGGCUUUCGCAUGCCCGCCCGUUGGCUCUGUGGCCCGCGUGAUCGGCCGUCUGCCGGUCCCGCUCGAUGCUAGUAGGGAUGUCCAGCGGCGCCGCCAGAUUUCAUUGCUAGCUAAGAUUUGAGCUUCAAUUGUAGACCUUUGCAUUGGAAACUGGCAGCUAAUAUUUUGGAUAUAGGAUUCUGAUAGUGCAUUGCGUGUCAUAAACAUUCAGAGGGGUGUUUCGA